AUGGAGGUAUGUUCCUUACCACAUACCAUUUAUAAACCAAACUCAUAAGAGAGAGAGUGUGUGUGACUGCGUGCAUGUGUGUGUGUGUGUGUGUGUGUGUGUGUGUGUGUGUGUGUGUGUGUGUGUGUGUGUGCAUGUGUCUCAUGUUUGUGUGGAAGUGUAAAGCCCUCUCUCCUUGUCUCUCUCCCUGCAGAAGGUGAGGGGGAUGGCCCUGGAUGACGUGGUUGUUCUCAACGUAGACACCAACACCCUGGAAACACCCUUUGACGACCUCCAAAGCCUGCCCAAUGACGUG